CAGAACGCGUGGCCUUUAACAACUUCAUCAUCUGGCCAAAAACUUCACCCAGGAGAGCCGCACAAAAUAAAACCAAAAUUUUAACCCUUUUCCCCUGAAUUUCGACCGGAUUUUGACAAGUUGACAUGGCGGCAGCAGUCAGAUUGCGUGUAGCGGAUCAGGCCUCUCAGAUGUUAAGAAUAGUGAAAAGAUUCAGUUCAAGCUAUCCCAAGAUCACAACGCACUACACUAUCGUUCCUCGCGACACCGACCCAAGAUGGAAAGAGGUCAGCAUGGAGAGAUUUGAAGAUCAGGCUGACGUUGUCAUCGUUGGUGGUGGACCUGCAGGAUUGUCUGCAGCUAUUAGACUGAAACAGCUCGCAGACACAAAUGGCAAGGAAAUGCGAAUUUGUGUUGUCGAGAAAGCGUCUGAAGUUGGUGGACACAUUCUCUCUGGUGCUUGCAUCGAAACGAAGGCCUUGGAUGAACUGAUUCCCGACUGGAAAGAGAAGGGAGCUCCGUUAAAUACUCCUGUAAAGGCAGAUAAAUUUGCUCUUUUGACUGAGUCGUCCAGAAUACCUAUUCCUAUUCUCCCCGGAAUGCCAAUGUACAAUCAUGGAAAUUAUGUUGUACGAUUGGGUCACUUGGUUAAAUGGCUUGGGGAGCAGGCUGAAUCUAUGGGCAUUGAACUUUACCCAGGAUAUGCUGCUUCAGAAGUUUUGUACCAUGCGGACGGAUCUGUCAAAGGCAUUGCCACCAAUGAUGUUGGAAUUGCCAAGGAUGGUUCACCUAAAGAAAUUUAUGAGCCUGGAAUGGAGCUCCAUGCCAAGUGUACAAUCUUUGCCGAAGGUUGCCACGGGCAUCUGACUAAGCAAGUCACGAAGAGAUUUAAUUUACGGGAAAAAAGUGAACCCCAGUCCUACGGCAUUGGUUUGAAGGAAGUUUGGGAAAUUGACCCUGCAAAACACAGUCCGGGUCUCGUCGAGCACACUGUUGGAUGGCCUUUGGAUAAAAACACUUACGGAGGCUCCUUCCUCUACCACUUGAACGAGCCAACGCCCCUAGUUGCAGUUGGAUUUGUAGUGGCUUUGGAUUAUACCAACCCUUAUUUGAGCCCCUUCAGAGAGUUCCAGAGGUUCAAACAUCACCCAUCAGUAAAACCAACUUUUGAAGGCGGAAAAAGGAUUGCAUAUGGAGCAAGAGCUUUGAAUGAAGGUGGCUAUCAAGCGAUUCCCAAGCUGACCUUCCCAGGUGGUUGCCUGAUUGGUUGCACAGCUGGCUUUUUGAAUGUCCCUAAAAUCAAGGGAACCCAUACUGCCAUGAAGAGUGGCAUCCUUGCUGCUGAAAGUGUCUACGACAUUGUUGUUGACGAAAAUACUCCAACUGAUAAAGGCUUGGAGCCUGUUAAGUACGAGGAAGCACUGAGGAGCAGCUAUGUCUUCAAAGAGCUGUACGCAGCCCGCAACGUCCGCCCAUCUUUCCACAGCUCCCUCGGUCUGUAUGGCGGAUUGAUGUACACUGGUCUGUUUUACCUUAUUGCCAGAGGAAAAGAGCCCUGGACUUUGAGCCAUGGAGGGGCUGAUAAUACAAAGCUGAAACCUGCCAAAGACUGCAAAGCCAUUGAAUACCCUAGAGCCGACGGAAAAAUCAGUUUUGAUCUUUUGGAGUCGGUUGCGUUGACUGGAACUAAUCAUGAAGGUGAUCAGCCAGCUCAUCUUACCCUACUCAAUGAUGAACAUCCAGUCAAAUAUAAUUUGGCUAUUUAUGAUGGACCUGAGCAGAGGUUCUGCCCGGCAGGAGUCUACGAGUAUGUGCCACUUGAAGAGGGCGAUGGAAUGCGACUGCAAAUCAAUGCUCAAAAUUGCAUCCACUGCAAGACUUGCGAUAUUAAGGACCCUGGCCAGAACAUCAACUGGGUGGUUCCCGAGGGUGGUGGCGGACCUGCCUACAAUGGCAUGUAAUUUAAAUUGAAACCCUUUUUGCUAAGGUCUUGUUAUAAAUAAUUGAAGAAUAUAUUUUGUUAUUGCCUGCCGACUGGAACUUUUAAAUAAAAAUUAUUUCUCCUCAAUAA